AUGCUCAACUGCAGCUCACUGAGUGAUUUCAUCCUCCUGGCAUUAGCGGACAAUAGGGAGCUGCAGCUCUUGCACUUCUUGCUCUUCCUGGGCAUCUACCUGGCUGCCCUGCUUGGCAACAGCUUCAUCAUCACAGCUGUAGCCUGCAAUCACCGCCUCCACACCCCCAUGUACUUCUUCCUCCUCAACCUCUCUGUCCUCGACAUCAGCUCCAUCUCUGUCACUGUCCCCAAAUCCAUGGCCAAUUCCCUGUGGAACACCAGGGCCAUUUCCUACUCAGGAUGUGCUGCCCAGGUCUUUCUGAUUCUCUUCUUGUUCAUAGCAGAAUAUUGUCUCCUCACAGUCAUGGCCUAUGACCGCUAUGUUGCCAUCUGCAGACCUCUGCACUAUGGGACCCUCGUGGACAGCAGAACCUGUGUCAAAAUGGCAGCAGCUGCCUGGGGCACUGGUUUUCUGUAUGCUGUCCUGCACACUGCUAACACAUUUUCGAUACCACUCUGCCAAGGCAAUGCUGUGGACCAGUUCUUCUGUGAACUUCCCCAGAUCCUCAAGCUCUCCUGCUCAGACUCCUACCUCAGGGAAGUUGGGGUCAUUGUGGUUAGAAUUUGUUUAGGCUUUGGGUGUUUUGUUUUCAUUGUGGUAUCUUAUGUGCAGAUCUUCACUGCUGUGCUGAGGAUCCCCUCUGAGCAGGGCCGGCACAAAGCCUUUUCCAUGUGCCUCCCGCACCUGGCCGUGGUCUCCCUGUUUCUCAGCACUGGCAUCUUUGCCUACCUGAAGCCCCCCUCCCUCUCCUCCCCAGCUCUGGAUCUGGUGGUGGCUGUUCUGUACUCGGUGGUGCCUCCAGCAGUGAACCCCCUCAUCUACAGCAUGAGGAACAAGGAGCUCAAGGAGGCACUGAGGAAACUGAUCCAAUGGGUCCAAUGUCAGCACCAAUAA